CACUGGAGACAGAAAACCAGGCACCUGGAUGAGCCUCUGACCUGAGCCCCAGAGCCCACAGGCUAGCCUGAGAGCCAGACAUCCAGCUUCACAGGCAGGCACCUGCGCAGAGGAGCCCCGAGGAUGGCGUACCUGCUGGGCAGCCAGUCCUGCAUGGACAGUCUGCGCAAGGACCUUACUGACCUGCAGGGCGCCAUCGUGGAUGUGUUCUCUCGAGCCGGGCCUGUGCGCUUUCCCUCCUGGAAGUUCCCUGACCGCGUGGCCUGCGACCUGGACAUGGUGGCCCUGCUAGAGCACUAUGACCAUGUGCCGGGUGACCCCGAGUUCACGCAGCUGUCCCAUGCUGUUCUGCUGGAGCUGGUCAUCGACAGGCUGCUGCUGCUGCUUCAGAGCUGCACGAGCUUCUUGGAGGACCUCGGUUCGGAGCAGACAGUGCCCCCUACCCGGGCUGUGGGGCCCUGCAUGUCUGUGGGGCUCACGGUGCGGCGCUUCUGGAACAGCCUGCUGAGGCUGGGCGUGAUCUACCAGCAGGCAGCUCCCCAGAAAAGGGUAAACCAAGGGGAGACCCUCACCUCCAAGCCCACAGCCAAGGGCGAGCCAGCCAGGAGCCCUGAAUUUGUGACUGCCAAGGUCAUCAAGCCCCCCUCCCCGACGCCAGGCUUGCCCCAGACCUGCCAAGAGCCGGACAGCCUCCCCGUCAGAGUCUCCCCGCAGUGUCCAGCCAGGACUGCCAAGAACAGGAGGAGCGUUCACUCCCAGACGGUGGAGACGGCCCUGGUGCCCUGUGAUGCAUGCACCAGCGUCCAGGGCAGCCUGCGGGAGGUGGGCAAGGUGCUCAUAGGCCUGUGUCAGAGCCAGAACUUGCCCUCGUCCUUAGGCCAGUUCCAGCAGCUGGUGCAGGACAGCAUGGGCCUCAGGCCGCUGCCGGCCGCCACCGUGGGCCACUGGGCAGCAGAGCAGAGCAAAGACCUGACCCGCCUCAGUAAGCACGUGGGGGCCCUCAGUCAGCUUGUUGGGCCACUCAGGGCCCAGCUGGAAGAGGCCGAGGGGCAGAAGGACGGGCUGAAGCAGCAGGUGGGCCAGCUGGAGCAAGCCCUGCAGGAGGAGCAGGGGGAGCGGCGGCGACAGGCGGACGAGGCCGCACGGCAGCUGGUGGAGUGGGGGCGUAACAGGCAGCAGCUGCUCACAGAAACAAGUGACCUCAAGACGAAGGUGGCCACCCUGGAGGGGGAGCUGAAGCAGCAACAGGAAUCCAUGCAGGCCAUAGAGACAAAGGCCCGGCAGCUUCAAGAGGAGGCCGAGCGCAGGGCAGAGGCCGAGAGGCAGGUGCAGCAGCUGGAGGAGCAGGUGCAGCUGCUAGCAGGGCGGCUGGAUGGGGCCAGCCAGCAGAUCCACUGGGCCAGCACAGAGCUGGACAAGGAGAAGGCCCGUGUUGACAGCAUGGUCCGCCACCAGGAGUCCCUGCAGUCCAAACAGCGAGCCCUGCUGCAGCAGCUGGACAGCCUGGACCGGGAGCGUGAGGAGCUGCGGGGCAGCCUGGACGAGGCCGAGGCCCGGCGGGCCCAGGUGGAGGAGCAGCUGCAGAGUGUACAGAGUGAGAGGGAGCAGGGGCAGAGCCAGCUCCUGGCCCAGCAGGAGCUGCUGCAGAGCCUGCAACGGGAGAAGCAAGGCCUGGAGCAGGCCACGACGGAUCUGCGGCUGACCAUAUCGGAGCUGGAACGAGAGCUCGUGGAGCUGCGGGAGCGGGAGCGGCUGCUGGUGGCCUUUCCAGACCUGCACAGACCCAUCGAGGCCCAGAUCCCAAGUAGGGGCCCAGAGGUGGUGGCCAGGGCAUGUUGUAACAGAGAGUAUGUCCCUGCAGGCUCCGGCGAUGUUACAGAUGACAUGGAGAGGCAGGUACAGGCCAACGACAUCCGCAUCCGGGUCCUGCAGGAGGAGAAUGGGCGGCUCCGGUCUAUGCUGUCCAAAAUCCGGGAGGUAGCCCAGCAGGGGAGCCUCAAGCUGAUCCCCCAGGACCAGCUCUGGGCCCCUCCCAGCAAGGGAAUCCAGGGAACAGUGUCCCCAGCCCAGGCCCAGAACGCAUCCCCAGGGCCCCUGGGCAGGCGGCAGCUGCCUAGCCGCAGGACAGCCAGCGCGGGCAGGACCCUACCAUGCCAGCGCCGGGCAUCCCCACCUCAGCCGUCCUGCAGUCGGCCUGGCGGGUCCUCCCUGGAGGACAUGACCCACUCAACCAACUGUGCUCAGAACCCCAUCCGGGCCUUGGCCAGGCUGAGGAGAAGACUGUCACCAGGCCAGGGCCAGGCCAGCCCUGCAUACCAGCCCCAGGAGCGGCCCACGUAGCCUGCCGGGCGGUGGGGCUGGAGGGCAGGUAGCUGGCAACCUUCAAUGUAAUAAAGCCCCAGCCAUGUGCCCACAGCUCCCUUGGCCUCACAGCAGUGGCUGAGCCAGAGGCAGAGUCCUUCCUUCCCCGUUCUGGGCAGGGACCACCGAGUCCCCAGGCCCUGCCGGUCAUCUGCCAG